AUGUCACAGGAGCUAGGGUGGAAACAUUUCAGAUGUGCAGCAUACACAAUAAAGUUGAUAGUGCAAGAAGCGACGGAAAAAUCUGUACCCAUCAAGUCUGUGAUUGAACGUGUGAAACUCAUCGUCGCUUAUUUCAAGCGAAGCAGUAAAGCCAAUCAAAAACUUGAUGAGUUUCAAAAGCAAAAUGGAGCAACACAGCCAAAACGACUGCUUCAAGAAGUCCCAACGAGGUGGAAUUCCAAAUUCUACAUGCUCGAAAGGAUCGUAGAAAUUCAAGAUGCCGUCAAGUCAUCCAUUGCCAUUUUGGGUGUUACAAGCUUACCAAAUUUAAUGCCGCAAGACUGGUUACUUUGCAACGAAACUUGUAAAGCCCUGAAAUGUUUUGAAGGAGCAUCAAAUUAUCUGAGUGGUGAAAAGUAUUUGACGGCCAGUCAACUAUUAAUAAUCAUAAAAGGCAUAAACAGAGUUCUCAGCUAUAUUUUAAGCUCAGAUUCUUCCGGUUAUCACUAUCUGCCAAUAACAUAUGAUUUUGUUCGAGCUUUGUUAGAUUCAACUCAUAGUCGUUUCGAAAAUAUAGAAAAUAGUAACACGAUUGGGGUAGCUACUUUUUUAGAUCCCCGCUUUAAGUUACAGCCCUUUACAUCUUCAAAGCAAACAACUUUGAGGGAGAACAUGAUCAAACUUGUCGCUCAAGAAAUAAAUCGAGAAGGACUAUGUGAAAAUAUUGAAGUUAGCAAAAGUUCGCUUGAUCCCACCUCAAUAUUUUACGACUGGGAUGCUAGGGAGGCUGUACCGCAAUCAAUUGAGUCACCAACUGCACGAGCAAUAAUAGAAAUAGACAAAUAUUUGAAUGAAAAAGUGAUUACUUGCAAUAAUUUACCGUUGAGCUGGUGGAAGCAGAACCAAGGCAUUUUUCCACAUUUGGCUAAGUUGGUUCGAAACAAAUUUAAUCGAAUCAAAGAAUAUCUGAAUGAUCAGACUGGCACUAUGACAUCAAAUCGUGAUGAAGGGCCUGUAUAUUAUAGAGAGAUACAGAAAAACGCGUUCCUUAAAAGGAUACCUUAUGAAGUUACCACCAGUAAGCUUAGGCCGCUAGGGCAUAAGAAACCCCCACUCAAACCAAUGUGGACAUUAUUUUGCGUACACAAUGGACGUAUCCCCUUUUUAGAACAAUACCCUGAGCCUGACUCGGCCACAACCCUUACCCAUAGACCGGCGUGGCGGGUGUGCUUGCGAUCAGCCAGACAUGUCACAGCCAGUGUUAAGCCACAUGUGGGGGAUGAGUACGACUUCCUGAUUGACACAGAUCAGGGGCCGGUCAGGAUGCUGGCUCCAGACUGGGACUCAAUGCAGGACUGGGUAUCAACACUCCGGAACAAACUGCACGAGUUGAAGAUCCUUGCGAAAGGAGAGAAUGUGUACUGCGCUGCCCCAAUAGCCCCUGUUCCCCGCGCGGCAGCGAGGGACCCCACCUCCCCACUUCCGCCAACACCUCCAAUACCACCCGAUCGAGUACCUGGAAUUGAACUGACGACCCAAAGUCCCCGUCCAGCACCAGACACAGCAGUCGAACCGGCACCAACAACACAGCCUGCAAAUGAGAAUCUAGAACCAAACGAGGACCAGGCACAAACUCAAGAACCUGUGGACAUAUCCAACUGGGAUAACCUGGUCACUUCCCUACCCAGCACAAGUCAAACGGAACCCAAGAAGAGUGUUGCGAAGAUCUGCGGACAAAAUAUCUGUCUAGAUGAUUCCAUCUUGAAACGAUCAGAAGUGACCGAGAGUGAUGAGGAAUUCUUUUCCGAAAUUGAUAGGAUACACGAAUCUGUUGAGAGUUUGAAUGUGAAUGAGAAAGAGCCUGUUGGGUAUACUCAAAGGGUUGUUGUGAGUAAUGAUGGGGAGGCUGGGUCUUCUAAUAAUAACGUGGAUAAUUCGCACAGUAUACCACAGAGAAGCAACAUCACAGUGAUACAAGUGUCAAACAAAGGGCCGCCUCAUACCGCGAUACCGGUCCUCGGACCGGAAACGGAUAUCUUCGACUUCAACUUUCAACAGGAAGUGACGAUAACCCCCGACACGGGUCAAUCUGACGCGCGGAGCUUCGUCAAUAUCGUCAAUACAGAAAUAGACGUACAGAACUCGAACAAAAACGACUAUGGGACCGUUUUCACGAAGAGCGAUACUGAUUAUGGUCAUCUGAGCCUCACAACAACUGUCAGCUUGACAGGAGAAGCUGUCAAAACCGAUGACAGCAUAUACGAAAGGCUUUGCAUGGCGUCCACGUCCACAGACAGGAAGUCGCCGCUGCCCGUGAAAAAAAUUAAAAGCAUAGACAAAAUUAGGAAAUCAUCACUGCCCAAUUUGGAGUUAACUUCCGAAUCGGCUUACGAAUGUUUAUUUCCAAACACUAGUCAUAACAAUCAUAAUAAUAAUGUUAGAAACACGACUAAUAUAAUGUUAAAUCAAAACCGUUCGGAUACAAAUGCGGGCAUUGUGAAUGGACGUCCGGAAAUCAAUUCUAACUUAAAUGAAACUAAUAGGUCAAAUGUACAAGUGAAUGUGAGUAACACUUCAGUGAGUGCGAAUUUGAACUCUGUUGCGCGAGUGAUAAGGACUAAUGUCGAGCGAUCGCAAAGUCAGAACGCUUAUGAUAGUGCUCCAAGGCUGAGGGAGAAUUUAAUUAGAAGAGUGCAAAAUAACAGUCCGAAGAGAGAAGCGAAAAUAGAAAAGACUGAAGCUCCAGCUAAACCAAUCUGGAAGCGUGGCUUAACCGAGCUGUCACUUUUGAGCCGAUUGCGGGGGUUGGGGCAGGGAAAGCGGCAGGAAAGCCCCACUCGCCACGAAAAUGACACUGGGGACAGGAGUAUGACAUCACCUGUUAAGGUGAUCCAUAGAUCCAGACCUCAAGGAAGAGUUGACAGCAGCAGGCGAAGAAGCAAUUCCCUCAGUAAUGGUCAUUCGCCCGGACGGCAAGUGAGCACCGUUGCUGCGAACACGUCGCUGAUGGCGCCGCUGCGCGCGCGGCAGGCCGCCACGCUGCGCGCCGAGCAGCGCCGCGGAGCAGCAGUAGCAACCUCGCUUUCUGUUAGGGACCCCCCCAUUUUCGUCGACUACGAACGACAGGUCUGGAUUGCCCGUUGGGGUGUGAAUGGGACUCGUUGCGGAGGACGCACGGGAGAUAGAGUGGCAGCCCUGGCGGGCACGCAACCUACAAACGCGGCGCACGCAAGGUUGCUACUGAAGUCCUCUCAUACUCCACUCGUUGACAUAUUAUUUCACCGUGUGCCGCUUGGAAAGAUCUAUGUUAUAAGCAAACGGGAUCGGGAGAGCAUAGGUAUAAAACUGGACAACGAGUGUGUGGUGACAUCAGUGUUGGGUGGAUCCAGUGCAUCUCGAGCGGGGAUCCCCCCUCCCGGGAAGUGGGCAGUCACAGAGGUCAACAACCGCACCAUCGACCUGAUUAAGGGGGGUGAAGAAGAAAUGAACAGACUGAGUUUACACGGAACUGAAGUGUCCAUACUCAUCCAACCAGCAGCUUUGGUGAAGAAACUGCGGGCAGCUAUCAAGUCCAACAAGUCCUUAUUAGCGAUUAGAUAA